GUUAAAAGAAGAUUAACACAUCCAUUUUUACUCCGCCUCAAAUCCUUUUCUUACGUAAAAGUUUGAAAAUACCAUCUCCUUAUUGAAAAUCUACACUGGAACUCUGAGCAUUCUAGAAGCAGAGGGGUGAUGGAAGUAUUCCAUAAUUCCAUAAGUAUUCCAUAAUUCCAUCACUCUAUAUAUUGGUGUCAUUACUUGUCAAACCUCCACAAGAGACAGACUCAAAGCAAACCAACCUGCAUGAGAACACACAGAGAAAAAACAUGAUGUCAAGACAACAAAGUCAACUCCAAAAUGAAAUGGAGAUUGUUAAGAGUUUCAGGAAACUGACCCCAGAGGAGAGAAGGAAAGAGCUCAGAAGAGACAUAUUUACAGAGUUGAGGAACAUGGAGAUGGAGCGCAGAGAUAGAGCUGCUCUCUCAGCGCUUCAGAGGCACAUGAGGGAAAAAGAGGAAAAAGACAAAGAAAUUGAAAGAUUGCAAAGUCAGAAAAAGAGAUAUGAGGAGGAGAGGAGGAGGCAGGAGGCCAAACAGAGGGAGGAGGAGAAGAAGAGGGCGAAUGAGCAAAGGGCCCUUGAGAAACAAAAGCAGGAGCAACUGAAGAAAGCGAGGCUCGAGUGGAAGAAGGUGAUGAUGGUGGACGUGGAGCCGAUCACAACGCCCAGAUUCACUCCGAGCGAUCUGAAAAAGGAGCGGAGGAGGUGUGGAAAGGCUGAGCGAAGAGUGGAAGAUGAAGCCAGCUUUAAGAGCCUGACCUCGGAGCUGAAGGGCCAGGAGCAGAGUAAAAGAAAAACCCUGUCCAACAACUGGGUUGGAGAGCCAAUUGACACGAACAGGAGCUCCACCCAAACGGCUCCAACCAUCUCCACUGAAAUAAUAAGCCUUGAGUCUGAAACCAACACCAAGAUCCAGGAGGAGACGUUGGAGGGUUGGCGCUCAAGCCAUUUGUCUGAGCAGUUUGACUGCUAUACUGACCUGUCCAGAAUCAGCAUCCUCAAAGAAUACAUCUUCUGAAUGUACUGUAAACAGAGGGAUUUUAUUAAUGUUCUUCUGAUAAAUA